AUGCCGCCACCAAAGUCCAAAAAGCUCACCGCGCAACCCGUGCGAACGCGCCAGUUCGCCGGCAAACCAAGAGCGCCUGAACCCGAAGAAGAACGCUCGAGCUCGGAAUCAGAAUCGGAAGAGGAACAGCCAAAGCCAAAACCUUUCGCAAAACCAAAGCCCGCGCCAAUCGCAUCCUCGUUUCCCAAGUCAGCGCUCAAAUCGAAACUUGCAUCGCGGCAGAAAUCCGAGGCGGAGCGCAAAGCGAUAGAAGACGAGUUCGAGACAGAGAGCGAGGAUGAAGACGGCGGAGAUGGCAGUGAAAGCGAGAGUGGAAGCGGCAGUGAGGAAGAAUCUUCAGAGGAGGAAGAAUCAAGUAGCGAAGAAGAGGCACCGAAGAAACUGCUGCGACCAGUAUUUCUAAAGAAGAACGAGCGGAAUAAAGUGGCACCCGUCAAAUCAGCAGAGGAUAUAGCAGCAGAAGAAGAGGCGCGGCGGCAGGAGCAGAACAGGGCACUCGUUCAAGAGCAGGUCGAGCAGCGCAUAGCAGAGAAGGCAGCGGGCAAGAAAGACUGGGAUGAUGACGUCGAAGAGGCCGACAUCAACGCCAUCGAUGACACUGACGGUGUCGAUCCCGACGCCGAGUAUGCCGCAUGGAAGCUGCGCGAGCUCAAGCGCAUCAAGCGCGAACGUCUCGCGAUCGAAGAAGCCGAAGCUGAGCGCGCAGAGAUCGAGCGCCGCCGAAACCUAUCGGCCGCCGAACGCGAUGCCGAAGAUCGCGCUUUCAUCGAGAAACAGCAGGAAGAAAAGGGCGAUCGCGGUCAAAUGCAGUACAUGCAGAAGUACUUCCACAAGGGCGCCUUUUUCACGGAUGAGCUCAAGGAGCUGGGCGUGGAUCGAAGGAACCUCAUGAACGCGCGAUUUGAAGACGAGACCAAUCGAGAGAUCCUGCCCGAGUAUAUGCAAAUCAGGGACAUGACAAAACUGGGAAAGAAAGGUCGGACACGGUACAGGGACAUGAAGACCGAAGACACGGGCAAAUGGGGUGACUUCGGUGAUGACCGGCCGCGAAGAGACAAGGGCGACUUCGGUGUCGAUGAGAGGUUUAGGCCUGAUGCUUAUGGUGGAAGAGAUCGGGACAGAGAGGGCCCUUCAGGUGCAAAUGCAAAGCCACUUGGUGAGAGGAAGAGAUUUGGGGAUGACCACGACCGGGAUAGCAAGCGGCCGAAGAUGGAAGGAAGAGUUUGA